AAUUACGUCCAUGACUCAAAUAAGAAAAUUCCGUGUUUGGUAACUUUACGCAUUUUACGCUUUUCGUUUACAGUUCCGGUUGAUAAUUUACUCAAGAGAAGAAAAGACGAAUUUGUGUAGCUUUUUUUUACUUCUUUUUUUUUAAUAAUGUCGAAGGAGAAAAACAAUGAUCCGGUCGCCCAGUCGGGAAUCGCCACGGCCGGGAAAUACGCACACGCCGACGGCCGCGCGGAGAAAACUGCGGCGCUGGAUAUUACCCGGCAAGGCAUGGAAGUGGCUCCCACCGACGCUGGUUUAACCGCCCGCGCCAAAUCCCAUCACCAUCCGGAACACGUUAUCCCGCCGGAGACCAUGGCUGAUUUGGCGGACCUGGACAAAUCCACAGGAGCCGCUAACGACGCGGAUUUUUUAAAAUGGCUGGACGCCAACCAGGACAUGCCAACGGACGCACUCAACGCCGAGAUGAACCGACGCUCCGGACACGACGCGCAGAAUCUCUCCGACAUCUUCACGGUGUCGGCGCUGCGCAUGUUCUUCGCCCCGGUGAAACCCGACGAACCGCCCAUCGAUUCGGAGAUGGUGCGCCGGGAAUCGGAUGUCUCCUCGGAUGUUUCUAGCCAUAGUGAUGUGGAGGAGCACCCGACGCUGGCGCACCGGCUGCAUUUAGAUGUGCGGGCGCGCCGGGAAGAGCGGAGGCACAAGGAGCUCCAGGAAGCGGUGGACGCGGAGAAGGCGGAUAUGGAGGAGUGGGAGCGGAAGAUCCGGGAGCGGCACGAGCGGCGGAUGAAGCGCCGGGCGGAACGGGAGGCCAGACGGAAGAAGGAAGCGGAGAUGGGGAAAUUGGCGGAUUUGAUGGGGAAAGUUUCCUUGGAUUCGGGAGCGCCGCGUCCCGACUGUGGCGCGAGGUCCCGGGAAGAAAACCGAGAUGUAAAGAUUAAGGAAAAGAUUAUUACGAGUGUGAAUGGAAAAAAUCAUAAGAGUACUGUCAGUUACGAGGCGGUGGAGAAGGAUGGGGAAGAUGGGAAAGAUGUGGACCCGGAAGUGGUGAAGCGCAUCAACACGUUGUACCCGGAAGCGUUCACCACGUUCCGUUCGCCGGCCCGAGACCGGCUACGCCAGAGACUGAAGGGUGCGCCGGCUCCGUGAUUUAUAUUAUUUUACGCUAGUGUAUGCUAUGUCGUUGUAAUCAUGUUUCUUAUUGCUGCGCGUUCUACGAAAAUUUUUACUGUAUGGCAGGAAGUGUGAUUUCUGUCGGUCAUAUCAUCGUCGCUUUUUGGUGCUUUUGCGGUUACACAUUACUGUACGCUAGUCGGUGAGUGCGACAGCGGAUGAAUCUUGUCUAAGCGGUUCACAGUGUUGUGGCUAUCGGUUCUGGCCGAUUUACCGCAAGCGUAGGAUGACGGCACACAUCUAUCGAAAGCUGCCUAUUCUGUUUCUAAGCCUGAUUUGAGUUUUCGUUUUUCUAAUAAUAA